GAGCACUUCCGGUGGUGUUUCCUGUCAGUGUUUGUAAACUGAGAAAAAAUUGGAAGUGCGACAAGAAAUAUUAAUCUUCAGCACUCUGAAAACCGAAAGACUUUUGCCCCUGAUGAUUUUGGAGGGUGUAGUCUCAUCUGUCACCCCUCAUCCCGAGUGAAGCCCCUCUGUCCCCACAAACACACACGCAUUCAAAGCACGGCGAUGACACACCAUUCCAGCAAUUCUGUUCGAGACCAUAUGAAAUGGGCUGGGUUGCUGGGCUGCGAGGCGGUGCUGUCCAGCAUGGCCCUAAUGCAAGCCAACAACAUCCCAGGCCAAAAGAAGAUGAUGUCACCCUUGGGUCAGGGGCAAAGGACCAGUCCUGAAAGCCACCAAACCCACUCGCAGCAUAGCCAGAACCACCACAGCCACCAGGUGCACCAUGGACAGCCACAUCACAGCCACAUGGGCCAUCCAUCAACUGGGAGCUGCCCACCCCUGCUCAUCCGGAAAGAUGGAGAUUAUCAUACAUCAAGGAUAAUUGAGGGAAAGGGCAUGCAGGCAAACCAGAAUAUGCAGCCCAAGAAGAAACACAAAAAAUCCGGUUUAGCCAACAAAGUAAAAGUGGAGCAUUUAGUUCCAUCAGUUGAUAUGGAUGACGACAGCUCAUUGAAAGUCCAGAAGAACUUCAUCUGUGAUCAUUGCUAUGGAGCUUUCCGGAGCAGCUACCACCUUAAGAGGCAUAUUCUUACACACACAGGGGAAAAACCAUUUGCGUGUGAUGCUUGUGAUAUGCGGUUCAUUCAGCGUUACCACCUGGACAGGCACAAGAGGGUGCACAGCGGAGAAAAGCCUUAUCAGUGCGAUCGCUGCCAUCAGAACUUCUCACGGACAGACAGGCUUCUGAGACACCGACGGCUGUGUACAGUUGGGAUGAGCAAAGAGGAAAGCCAGUACUCCCAGGACUCAUCUACCCAUCCGGCCUCAUGGAGCCCACUACAUCCUUCGAGCAACCGUCUGACUGUCUGACCCUCAACUUCCACAUAGAGACCCAACAUCAGUCUGCAACUCAGUAACAUCACACCUUGGAGUGGUGACCUGAAAAUAGCCCUACUUUUCCACAGCCAAACUUUAGUUUGCUCUCACCAGCUCAUAGUGGAUUUUUAUGUUUUUUUAACCUACUGUCACUUUAGAAUCCAGGAAGAAGGCGAUGGGGAACGGACUCAUUUGCAGUCACGGACAUCGUAUUGCGGCAAUAAAUGGAGAUUACACAAAAUUUGUGACUGCAUGGACAGUCAGCACCUUUCGUGCUUUCAGCCUGCAGUCAACCCCAACUCUGCCUUUUAAUUCAAACGAACGGUUCGCUAAUGUAGACGCAGACAGAAAACCAUGAAGCAUUAAAACGUCCUAUUUGUUUUGUGUUUCUUUUGUUACUAAUUAUGUACCGGCUACAGCUUAUAAGCAAAAGGUCACAGCAGGCUUGCUGUGUGCUGCCUCGAGGAAGUGAUUAGUCAAUGAAAUACUGUAGUUCAGUAACACAUGUGAAGGUAAAUUUAAUGACCUUUUUGAUGCCGCUAAAUGUUAAAGAUCGUUGGAGAGGAAAAAAAUCAUCAAAUUAGUCAUCCAUUUUUACUUUAUGUGCCAUAUUCUUUUUGUGCACAAGUCUUAAAUUAAUCAAAAUAUUUUAAUCUGCUGUUCAUGCUGCUGUACAUCUGGAAAAAUAACUACAGGUCCAACCCUAGUGGUAACCAAAACAAACACUAAAGUUGAAUUGGAUAGAUGGUAUCUGUACCAUGGCAAACACAUUUAGAGUUCUACCUUGUUUUAAAGGCAUAUGGCCCUAAUUGUAAGACUUACACUGGCUAACAGCUGACAGAUUUUCGAGGAGCUCCAAUUUUUUUGAAGCUGAUGUUUACUGGAUGUAGGGAUGACCUGUGUGUGGCAAAAAAUGAGUUUUUCCUUAACGUGCUUCUGUAAAAUGACCUGCCGUAUAAAUCCAUUGUGGUUACUCUCCCUUCCUAGAAACCGCUGUCUUGCCUUUUCCUGUUCAGUGAUCAGAGAUUGUUCUCACUUUAAGACUUUUUAUUCCCUUCAUUGUAUUUUGGUAAAUCCUUAGGUUUACUCUUACUUAAGUAUCUAUGAAAUAUUGUCAGAAUCAUGCUCGUAAUAUUUUUUAAAUGCAGCUGGAUCAACGCUAGUCUCGAGUCUUUUCACAUGAGUGCACUGGGGACCUUUUUCUUCAGUACUUGUGUGAAUGGCCCAGGUCAACCAGGUUAUAAUAUAAAUUGGCUCAUCUACAGAUUCUCACUGCUGAAUUGUGUGUUUGCCUGACUGAAUGUGAUCUAAAUACAGUUCCAUGUCAUUUAACACUGAGCAUCUUCAGUGAAGAUGACAAGUUGUACUUUGUUGUGGAACUUUGAGGGUCGUUUGUAUGUUGAUUAUUGGCAAUAUAAAACUUCAGGCCUGUAUAUUGUGAAGUCACUGGACUGCAGAUGUUAGUUCAGUUGUAGAUGACUAUUAUUUAGACGAAAGGUUUUUUUAAUAAUAGACAGGUAGAUCUGUUUCUGUCAGACUUUUAGAUAUGUGAGAAGAGUUUGGGCCCAUUGCUGACUGUCUACUGUUUAUGAAGUUAAUAUAUAUAUCUAUAAAUUGUUUUAGGGCUAGAAAAUAGCAUGUAUGGGACCUAAACUCCAAAGGCAAAUCAAAGUUUUGAUGAUGUUUUAACCUUUAGUCUGAUCAUUGUUAUUCUUUAUUAUAGUUCAAAAGGCCAUGGUGACUCAGCACGAAGCUUGCUUUUAGGACAAAAAUUUGAAAAUGUCACACUUGCCCUUUUAGUGCAGCAGCUAUGAUUAGCUAGGAUAUUUUGUUUUAAUUUGCAUGUAUUUGUUGGAGGAUCUUUUAUUCAUUUGUUUGGAAAAUAAUUUUUUUUUUUGUUUAUCUGUUUUUAUUUUAUCAUCCCCUAUAUUUUGUUAUGCCAGGAGUGACAUCAAGUCAGUUUCACACUGUAGUGAAUGGAGUUUUGGGCCCAAAGUAAAAAUAAAGUUGUUUCUUUUUAAA